AUGGCUGGCAAUCUAGGAAAUUACAGCAGGGUUAACAAUAAUGAUGGCAGUGAUAGCGGCGAAGAGAAUAGGGUAGAUGAAAACGCAUUAGAAACAGAUGAUUUGGCACCUCUUCAGCCUCCAUCUUACGAAGAUCUCGAAGAGAACCUAGAAAAUGGCUCACGUACAAUGGAAACGAUGGAAAUCGAGGAAGAAGUGGUUUAUAUGAACAAACUGCAAAGACUAAAGCAUAGAUUUGAGAACUAUAUCGUGAUUCCGGUCAGAGAGCGAAUUUCUGACCCGCUUGUGCAGCUACUAUCAAUAUUAUCAAACCGGGUGGAUUUUUAUUUGAGUAAAGUGGGAAAUCCACUCAUCUUGAGACGGUUUGUGUACAUCCUGUGCAUGUCACUGGUGAUGUUUUAUUUCUCGUCAAAUGGACUCCCGGGUACUGGAGACUCCGGAUUUAAAGGCAUGUUCUCAGACAAAAGAAGUUUUGUGAACUAUGCUCGGAGAACAAUCGACCUGUCCAAGAUGGAAACGGAUCUCGAAUAUCUCAGCAGCAUGCCCCAUAUGGCUGGCUCUAAGGGUGAUUUUGCUAUUGCGACUUACGUGGGAGAGAGUUUUUCAAAUAAUAGAUUACAGUUAGUUCUGGACGCCGGUUUUGACACUUUUAUCAACUAUUAUGGAAAAUUGAAUUUGAACGCACGCACGAAAUCAGGAGAAAUACUUCAAUUGGAAACGAAUCAGAACAAUUUUUCUCCUUUGAGCCCGAAUGGUACCAUAUCAAACUCAAAUCUGAUAUAUGCGCAUCUGGGGCGGGAAGCUGACUACAAAUUGCUGGAAAGUGCUGGGCUGUCCUUCGAAAAUUGCGUAGUCAUGCUUCAUUUUGAUGCUGAAAGCGUAGACCAAAUACUUCGUGCUCAGAAAAUGGGGUUUCAGGCGGUAUUAUUUGUUUCCGAAAAGAGUGACAACAACGACUCGAUUCAACAACGUUCGUCGGCAAUUUUGCAAUAUAGCGUCGGUGAUCCUCUUACACCGGGCUGGUCGUCCGUUCUACCCAAGAAAAUUGAUGCCAAUGCCUCUCCAAUAAGGCCCAAAAUACCAGUAGUUCCUCUAUCGCUAAAUCAAGCGUUGAGCCUUACGCAAAAAUUGUCGACAGAAAAUGCUGUCGAAUUCGAAAACGGGUGGGUAAGUGGUGUUUCUGGCGAUAUAACGUUAAAUUUAGACCAAGAAACCAUAGAGCAUGCCUCACAACCAAACUGGAACAUUGUUGGAAAAAUUGAGGGCAAAGAACAAAACGACAAAGCAAUAAUCGUAAGUGCUGCGCGAGAUUCUUUAUGUUACGGAUCUUUAUACCCAAACGUGGGGACUACGGCAUUGCUUUCGCUCGUUCAGUUGCUUCAACAAGUUAAAUACGAGUUCAACUGGAGACCUUUGAGAAACAUUUAUUUUAUGUCUUACGAUGCAUCUCAAUAUGGACACUCCGGCGCCACAGAGAUUGUGGAAGCGGAACUUGGAAAAAUAAAGAACGAGAUAUAUUCGGUAGUUGACAUCAGUCAAGUAGGCGUAAGCCCCGAUGGACCGAAGCUGGAUAUACAGACACAUCCCCUUCUGGCUCAAUUUUUCAACGAGAUGAACUCUCUUCAUGAAAUUGACGCGCUAGUGAGAGGAGUUCAACAGCAUGGUGAUUGGUCCGCAUACCUUGCCAACGGAAUCCCAACAACUAUAAUCGGAGCUUCGCACGUUAUCAAUCGAGCUUACCCCAUUGAUACUUGCGAUGACACUUAUGACAGAUUGAAAAGCACCUCAGGCGACCGUUUCUGGGAGGAUAUGUCGGAAAUUGUUGCUUACCUGUUCCAGGUGAUCCUUGAGCUAGCCGACAACCCGCUGAUCCCGUUUGACGUCGAGGACUACGCUAAGAAGAUAGACGUCUUACUAGAAGAUCUGAAAGCGUCCUCGGUAGAGAGUUUGAAUUACCAGGGUAUAGCAGAUGGCAUAAAUCUGUGGAAGCAUAUUGGCGAACAAUGGUCUUCUUUCAAGCACAUGUGGACCAAUAUAGUCAUGGUUGAAGACGACGGUCUUGAACCGUCGCUUCUAUCCGUUCACAGAUGGACCUGGAACAAAAAAUUAACGAAUAUUGCAAGAAGACAAUGUGAUGCUGCUGGAGUUCCUAAUCGCGAAUUUUAUAAAAACGUUCUAUUUGGUCCCUCCUUGUGGAUUCAACAAUCUCACGACUCUUGGAGUUUUCCAGGAGUCAGAGACGCUAUACAAGAUUCAAAUUGGCAGGGUGCUCAAGAAGAAAUUAACAAAGUGGCAGAUGUUCUUCGCAGCUCUGCCGAGCUUUUUAUCGAAGAAACAACCAAUUCAUGA